AUGUACUGCCUCGAAAUACAUAAAAGAGCCGUGCCCUUCUUCCAGCUCCUCAUACUGGCAGUUCUGGCGUUCUCUCUCCCCACAGCGGCCGCACCUCCCCUCUUUUCCUUCGAAAAAACCCAACUCCACGACACUGAUAUCCAAACUCUCCCUACUAUUCACCGUUCACUCUUUGCCUUCGACAACAAUUCCAGCUCUCAAGUUCCGCACAAUGAAGGUCGCUGCAAAGUGUACCCCACAGACCAAUCGUGGCCUAGCCCCGACGCCUGGGCCGCUCUCAACACUCUCACUUCCGACGCUCUCAUAAAAGUCACCGCUCCGCAAGCCGCGCCCUGCUAUCCAGGUGCAGAAUAUAACGCGGAAAUAUGUGCAGACCUUACAGCCAACUGGACCAACUCUUUCAUCCACCUCUCAGACCCCGUAGAGAUGCUCUCCCCGGUCACGCAAGGCUUGACUUGCCAACCACCAGAUGUCUUUGACAGCAAAAACUGCAGGCUUGGCGGGUAUCCUUUGUAUGUGGUUAAUGCCACCACGACGCGACAGAUUCAAGCUGCGGUGAACUUUGCUCGGAACACGGGAGUCAGGUUGGUUGUGAAGAAUACAGGACAUGACUUCUCCGGGAAGAGCGGAGGAAAGGAAGCGUUGAGUAUUUGGACGCAUCAUUUAAAAGAUAUCAUGUUUUUGGAGGAAUACGAUGACGGAACAUACAAAGGACCGGCAAUCAAGGCAGGGUCUGGUGUACAAGGCUACGAAAUGUAUCAAGCCGCGAGUGAGAGAAAUGUCGUAGUGGUUGGCGGCGAGGGAAAGACGGUCGGAAUGAUGGGCGGCUACAUCCUUGGCAGUGGACACUCACCGCUCAGUUCUCUAUAUGGUACAGGCGCAGAUCAGAUCCUAGCCCUCGAAGUGGUUACACCAGAUGGACGCUUCGUCACUGCAUCGCCAACCUCACAUUCUGACCUCUUCUGGGCCCUAAGUGGCGGCGGUGGCAGCACGUUCGGCGUGGUGACGUCGGCGACUGUGAAAGCACAUCCGGAGAUGCAUGUCACGGGUGUAAGAUUUAUUUUCACGAGCGACCCGGACGCGGGAGGUACGGAUCGAUUCUUCGCGGGCCUUCGCAAGUAUCUCGACUACUUCGAGUCCCACGCAGAUAAAGGGAUCUACUCAUAUUGGUUGAUUCAACCUAGCACGCCAGCUCCGGGUCGCUUCACUUUUACCAUGAUGCCCUGGCUUGCGCCAAACAUGACACGGGAUCAAGCCAUGCCGCUGCUGUCGCCCUGGAUCGCAGAUCUUGAGGCACUCGACAUCAAACCCGAGCUCAAUAUAACGUACCACGAGACCUUUUACGAAAGCUGGCUCGCCAAUUUUCCUCUUGAGGUUGUCGAGAAAACGAAUGUCACGACAGCCUCGCGCAUCUUUCCACGCGCCAACUUUGCCUCCGCCUCGCAGCUGAAUGCGACAUUUGCUGAACUCCGCACUUCGAUUGAGAAGAAGAAUCACGUCGUCGUGGGUUUCAACAUGUCGCCUACACCACGCUCGGGCAUACCGGACAACGCGGUCAAUCCCGCUUGGCGAGACUGUCUCAUGUUCGCCCAACAGUCUGUCCGUUGGUCACCGAAUGCCACAGCCGCUGAGAUCUUAACGGCGCAUGAGGAUUUGACUCUCAAUGACAUGCAACGCUGGCGCGACAUCACACCGGGAGGUGGCACAUACCUGGCGGAGAGUGAUAGAAGGGAGCCAAACUUCCAACAGGCCUUUUACGGGGCCAAAUAUGAUAGAUUGUUGGAGGUGAAGAGAAAGUACGAUCCUAAGGAAGUGUUUUGGGCUGUUACAGCAGUGGGAAGCGAGGGCUGGACUGUUGAGACGGAAGAUGGGUUGCCGACUGAGAAUGGGAGAUUGUGUAGAGUAGUUUAAAUAGGGUAUUUUGCCGUCGUGGUGCACGUAUAGUGGGAACAAUAAGGUCAAGGUUCCUGUUAAAGAGAGCAUUAAGAAGACUUGAAGUAUUAUGAUUUAUUUCACGCUUGCGUUGCCUGCUUUACUUUCUAGUCUAAGCGUUUACGUUUACAGUUUGCAGCUGUAUCGGCAUGUUAGGUGGGGCG